AUGGCACCCUUCGGCACCAUCUACUCUUACAUGCCCAAUCCUCGGGUCAUGAAGGCCCAAGCAGUGGCCAACAUCAACGGCCUGGAACUGGCAAUUCACCCGAGUUUCACCAUGGGCAAGACCAAUCGCACUGAGGAAUUCUUGAGCAAGUUUCCCCUGGGCAAAGUACCCGUCUUCGAGGGAGCCGACGGCACCACCCUAUUUGAGUCGGAUGCCAUUACUUUGUACCUCGCCGAGAGCGGACCGGUUGUAGCGCAGCUGCUAGGCACUACACUGGCCGAGCGAGCCGCCAUCCGGCAGUGGAUCUGCUUCGGUCAGAGCGAAGUGCAGGAGCCAAUUACGCAGCUGGCGCUGUGGCGCAUCAAGCUCCGGCUCUAUGAUCCAGCCAUCGAGGAAAGUGCGCUGCAGCGCCUGGAACGCUCUCUGACUUGCAUGGAGGCUCAUCUGAAUGGCCGUACCUGGUUCGUCUCAGAUAGCUUCAGUCUGGCAGAUAUCAGCUUGGCGGCGGCCUUGGUUUGGGGCUUCUCCAUGGCCAUCGACGCGGAAAUGCGCCAGAGGUUCCCGUUGACUGUUUCCUGGUAUGAUCGAACCCUCUCCGUUGAGGGCAUGAGGCAGGCCUUUGGGGAAAAGAACUUCGUCGAGAAGCGUCAGGUGCCCCCUGUCUAA